UUUUUUGAGCAACAUAUCAAUCUUUUCUUCUCCACUUAUAAGACCAUAAAUAAAUAAGUCCCUUAACGUUUAUUCGUUUAUAUAUCUACUAAAGAACCUUUAUUUCAUUUCCAUUACUAUAUCUAUACAUAAAUGGCAAUGGGAUGCAUCACAGCUCUCCCUCAAAGAUUCAGUGAAAACAAAACCAAAGAGGAUCCUUCAAUCUUCGAUGCAAAUUUCCUGAACCAGCAGUCUAACCACAUACCUCAACAGUUCGUAUGGCCCGACCACGAGAAACCUUCCUCGGAUGUUCAACCUCUCCAAGUCCCUCUCAUAGACCUCGACGGUUUCCUCUCUGGUGACCCGUUCUUAGUCUCGGAGGCUACUAGACUCGUCUCUGAGGCUUCAAAGAAACAUGGUUUCUUCCUAGUCACUAACCAUGGCGUCGAUGACACGCUCUUGUCUCGUGCCCAUCUAUCCAUGGACUCUUUCUUUAAGGCACCCGCUUCUGAGAAACAGAAGGCCAAGAGGACGUGGGGCGAGAGCUCCGGUUACGCUAGUAGCUUCGUUGGGAGAUACUCCUCUAAGCUCCCGUGGAAGGAAACGCUGUCGUUUAAGUUCUCUCCCGAGGAGAAGUGCCAUUCCCAAAACAUCAAAGACUUUGUUUCUGAAAAAAUGGGAGAUGAAUAUGAAGAUUUCGGAAAGGUUUAUCAAGAAUACGCUGAGGCCAUGAACAUUCUCUCACUAAAGAUCAUGGAGCUUCUUGGAAUGAGUCUUGGGAUCGAGAGGGGACAUUUUAGAGACUUUUUUGAAGACAGCGAGUCGAUAUUACGGUUGAAUUACUACCCGCAGUGCAAGCAACCGGAGCUUGCAUUAGGGACAGGACCUCACUGCGACCCAACAUCUCUAACAAUACUUCAUCAAGACCAAGUCGAUGGUCUUCAAGUUUUCGUGGACAACAAAUGGCAAUCCAUUCCUCCUAACCCUCAAUCAGUCGUGGUCAAUAUAGGCGACACCUUCAUGGCUUUAACGAAUGGUAUAUACAAGAGUUGUUUACAUCGAGCGGUGGUGAACAGCGAGAAGGCUAGGAAGACGUUUGCAUUCUUCCUAUGCCCGAAAGGAGACAAAAUAGUGAAGCCACCAGAAGAACUAGUAAGAAUGAUGUCUGGUGAAAGAGAGUAUCCUGAUUUUACAUGGUCUAUGUUUCUUGAGUUCACACAAAAGCAUUAUAGAUCAGACAUGAACACUCUUGAAGAGUUCUCAAAUUGGCUUAAGAACAGAAGAAGUUUCUAAAACAAGGAGACAAUGAUGUGGUCCAUAAGUUGACUUGUAGAUUUUCUCAAGAGACAGGAGAUAUCACUCAGAUAAGGAGCCUUUUGUCUUUUGCUUUGAUUAUUUAUUAUCUUGUUUAUGGUGGUUGGUGUAAGAUAAAAUUUGCAUAUAAAUAAAUAUAUGUACUUCAUUGGUGA